GUUUGCGCAUGGGCGGAGAGGCUGCCGCUGUGCGCUGUUAUUAUUGAAAGAGUAAUUUCUUUUUUUACGAAAAUGGCGUCUAGUCAGGGAGGUGUGGGAUCUGUCCCGGCGCUACAAAGCCAUCACUAUACCACUGGACCUCACUGGAGUCCCGGUAACAGCCAGUACCCGCACCUCCAGCAGCAGCAACCCCACACGACGCGCAGCCUGGACCGUGCCCUGGAGGAUGCCGUCUGCUCCGGGAUCCUCAACCUCAGCGGGAGGAAGCUGAGGGAGUACCCGGGCAUGAACUACGAUCUCACGGACACGACACAAGCAGAUCUAUCUAAGAAUCGUCUGACAGAAAUCCCUCCUGAAGUGUGUUUGUUUGCACCACUGGAGUCUCUCAACCUCUACCACAACUGUAUCAAGUGCAUCCCAGAAGCUAUCAUCAACCUGCAGAUGCUCACCUAUCUAGACAUAAGUCGAAACCUUCUAUCAGUUUUGCCAAAAUACCUGUUCAACCUCCCACUCAAAGUCCUGCUUGUGAGCAACAAUAAGCUGGUAUCCAUCCCCGAGGAGAUCGGCAAGGCCAAAGAUCUGAUGGAGCUGGACAUUAGCUGUAAUGAGAUCCAGGCACUGCCAUCUCAGGUUGGGAGGCUUCAGGCCUUAAGAGAACUCAACAUCAGGAGGAACUGUCUUCACUUGCUACCAGAGGAGCUGGCAGAUCUGCCUCUGAUCCGACUUGACUUUUCCUGCAAUAAGAUCACAGAGAUUCCUCCAGCGUACAGGAAACUGAGGCAACUGCAGCACAUCAUUUUAGACAAUAACCCUAUGCAGUCCCCACCUGCGCAAAUUUGUCUCAAAGGCAAAGUGCACAUUUUCAAGUACCUGAACAUCCAGGCGUGUCGUAUGGAUAAGAAGCCUGACACUUUAGACCUGCCCACCCUGAGCAAGCGCUGCCUUCCGCAGCCCCUCACCGAUAGCAUAGAAGAUUUUUAUCCUAGUAAGAACCACGGGCCUGACUCUGGAAUUGGUAGUGACAAUGGAGAUAAGAGGCUAUCAACGACAGAGCCAUCAGAUGACGACACGGUCAGUCUUCACUCCCAGAUUUCAGAGACAGCCCGUGCUGAUGCCCUCUCUCUGCUCUCCAAAAUGGACUCUUGCAAAGAUCAGGAUCUCUAUGACUUUAUAGAGCCCAACCCGGACGACGAUCCUGCUCUUUCAGAGAGCAAUGGGCACCCCAACAGUCAUGUGUCUUGUAUAAAGGAACUGGAGAAAGUCCUAAACAUGUCUCACCAAAGCAAAGAUAAAGACAGCUGGAAAGAAGAAUCAGGUUCAGACAAAGAGCAGCUGGUGGAGGAGGAGGAUGAGGAUCUGAAGGAAGUUCUGGAUCUGAGGAAGAUCGCGGUCCAACUUUUACAACAGGAACAACAGAACAGAAGGCGCUCGUUAAUUUGCAGAGCAGAGAGUCUUAUCCACAGACGGAGAGUGACUGGCCGGGCACACAGAUUCUUGAGUCACUCUGGUUCUAGCAGCAAGACCAGGCCCCCAGUUCAGGCUGCACGCAGUGCCUCCCUUGACGAAGGGACCAGUGGAGCAUCAGUAUUGAGUGGGCAGCCCUCUACAUCCUGCUCCUUUGAUGGCAGUCUCAAACCCGAUAGUGACCCUGAGUCCAAAUGGCCCGAAGUGCCACCAAUCCUCAACCAAACCGAUGAGCGCCGCAGGAGCAAGUACCUCAGAAAAGACUAUUUAAAGUACAAAUGUCAAAAUGCAAGAAAGAAUGGCAACGAUGACAGUGAGGAAAGCUUGUGCAAUACAGAUGUCAGUUCCACUCUGACUGUGUUUGGGCUAAAGCCAAGAUCAGCUUUCACCAGAGGAAGCAAACAGGAAUUAUCGUCAAGUGACCCUAGUUUCACCAUGAGGAGGAAGAUGGAGCACCUGAGGGAGGAACUGGAACAGAUAGCUCUCUUACGGCAGAACAUUGAGUCUCGUCUGAAGGUGCUUCUCCCUGAUGAUGUGGGUGCUGCUCUGAUGGAUGGAGUGGUUCUCUGUCACUUGGCCAAUCACAUCAGUCCUCGCUGUGUUGCCAGCAUUCACGUACCCUCACCUGCUGUGCCAAAACUCAGUAUGGCAAAGUGUCGGCGAAAUGUGGAAAACUUCUUGGAUGCCUGUAAAAAACUGGGUGUUCCACAAGAUAAGCUGUGCCUGCCUCAUCACAUCUUGGAGGAGCGUGGCCUUGUGAAUGUGGGGAUGACUGUCCAAGCCUUAUUGGACCUGCCCACCUCAAAGAGUGCACUGGCUGCUAUAUGACACUGAGUGAAUGUCUGUAGUCUGUAGACCACCAAGCCCUCACAGCCCCUGUCCCAUAAGAGAGGGUCCAGGGAGCCCUUUGGUGAGGACCCAGAGGUGUGUGCACGUGCUGAGUGUUUCUGACAGAUUCAGGACUUUAGACGCUCCUCUGUCUCUGAUAUGACGUCAGCAUGGCUCUCAUCCUGCACACACUUGUACCUGUACUGUACCCCAUCCUGCUUUAGGACUUGCCUGUGUGUGCUUGUGCGUGCGGACUCCAUACUAAAUGCACAGAAAAAGGUUUUUGACUGGAGAAGUGUAAUAUGAGACCUGUAUAGCCCUCUAAAAUGCUCAGUAAUGAAUGAUUAUUGAGCCUGCAAGUGCCAGAACUGCAGUGGUGAAGACAUGGGGCACAGACUAAGGACUGACAAGAUUCUGCCAUUUUUUACACUGUUUUUCAUCACAGAAAAUGUUUUUAUGCUAUUGCCAAACACGGUGCCAGCUUGUAUUAGAUAUGUUUUGUUUCUUGCUAUUGUUAUUUAUUUCCUGUAUGUACUGUACAGACCUGUAUGCAUCACAGAGAAGAUGACAUUUGACCACUGUGAUCAAUGUGCACAGCUGAGGCCAAACUCUUGUAGCUUUUAUUUCAAUUUCAUUUCAAACAUUUCUUUUUUAUUUAAGCCUACCACAGAAAGUCAUACACUGGACUGCUCUGGUUUACCUUGUACUGUACAUGUCUAUCAGGCAUGAUCCAUGCUGUCGAUUGUUUCUGAUACAAAUGUUAAAUCAGGGAAUGUAAAUGUUUAAUCUAUUUCUUAAUUUGUUUUAUAUUUAUGGGUUUUACAAUGUACAUACAAUUUCCCAUAUGUGUAUAUCUCAAACAAAACUGUUUUGAAAGACAUCAGAUUACAUAAACUUACUUUACAAACUACA